UUUUUUUUUUUUUUUUUUUUCUUUCUUGAUACAAUUAUUAUUAUGACUACAUCUGCAAAACCUACUGAAUCCAUUUUGGGGGAUAGUCUCAAAGUUGAAUCCUCCCUUGAUAGUCUAUUCAAGAAUAGUGCUGGUCCUAGUGAUGCUGUAUCAAAACCUAUUGCUACACCUAUUCUUCCUUUUGAAAACAAUACUGACUCCAUUACUACAACACCUGAAUCUAAAAAGCGAAAGAAAAUCGAUACGACCAUACCAGCUGAAGAUGAUAUCCUUGCUAUGGAAAGUUUACGAAAGAAGAAUCGACCUGCUGUAUUGACAGGUGACAAACAAGAAAAACAAAAAGAAAAGGACGAACGUACAGUGUUUGUGGGCAAUUUACCGAUAUCCAGCGCAACCAAACAAGGCACCAAGGAACUACAUAAAUUAUUUGGAAAGUAUGGCAAGAUAGAAUCUAUUCGAUUCCGAUCGUUUGCUAUGGCCAAUCAUAUGGAUCGCAAAGGAGCGUAUAUCACCAAAAAGUUCCAUAACAAUCGUGAAGAAGUCAAUGCGUAUGUGGUAUUCAAGACAAAGGAUGAAGCUGACCAAUGUGCCAAAGAGCUAGAUGGACAAGUUUAUCAGGAAAAACAUUUGCGAGUGGAUAAUGCCAAUGCAUCAACGGCUGUUGAUCAUAAGCGAUCUGUAUUUUUGGGACAAUUACCAUUUGAUGUGAAGGAUGAAGAAUUAUGGGACUUUUUCAAGACUGGAUGUCAAGUACAACGAGUACGUACGGUACGUGAUGCUCAAACCAACGUGGGUAAAGGAUUUGGAUUUGUACAAUUUGAAGAUCGUGAUUCUGUGACGGUGGCAUUAGCUAUGGAAGACAAGGUAUUCAGAGAACCUAAUCACAAGAUUCGAAUUCAACGAUGUGAUAAAUUGGAAGAUGGAGCUAGAGGAUCAGCCAAGAAAUUUAGCAAACAUAACCUCAAGAAAUCCGCCAGUAAAAUCAACAAAAAGAAAACAACAAAGAAUGAAAAAGGAUCCAAACGUCGAACACUUCCCACUCCCAAGCUGAUGGAAGGAACAAGAUCAAAUAAGGAACAAGGAAAUCCUCUUAAAAUUGCCAAGAUUGUGAAAAAAGCAAGCAAGAAAUCAUCCAAGAAAUAGAUUACCUUUAAUUAGUUUACUAUUUUUAUUUCUAUGAAUCAUUUGUCAUUAUAUGCAUCAAUAAAUUACAUACACAUCAUGAAUGGAAAAAAAAGAGUUGAUUUUAUUUAUUUAUUUUUUUUUUAUUGAUAUAUUGUCUAAGUUCACAUUUGGGUAGGAAGAGGAUAAUCAAAAU